GCGCAUGUUCAACAGGCUGGCUUAGCAAGACCCUAGCAAGAUCGAGAAAGUUCUUGCUCUGUAAGCAUUACAAAGCAACAUUCGUGUUAAAGAAUAAUGUUUCGAGGUGGUUUGACUGAUUUUGAAGACGACCCGUUCUUCAGGGAUCACCAUCAGAGAAUUUCAUCUAUGAUGCGGGGCUUUCACGACCCAUUUUCGCAUUUUGGGUUCCCCUCAGCUCUCCCUGGUAUUGAGAAUGGAGGACGGGCUGGCAGGUCAAAUCGUGGCAGCCAGCAGUUGGCUCAACCCACUGACAUGUUUGGCAGUAUGUUUGGUGACAUGUUUACCAACAUGAACUCCAUGAUGGCAAAUAUGCACAGAAAUUUUGAGCAAAUGGCAAAUGACCCUAAUACCUUCAGUUACUCUUCAUCAAGUGUCAUGUCAUAUUCAAGCGAUGGACAAGGGGAACCUAAAUAUUUUCAAGCAUCCAAAUCCACUAAGAAGGCACCUGGAGGAAUUAAAGAAACACAACAUUCUGUGCGAGAUUCUGAAUCUGGAUUGCAUCGUAUGGCAAUUGGUCACCACCUUGAUGAUCGUUCUCACGUGAUUGAGCGAUCAAUGAACAGGAGAUCUGGAGAGGAGGAGAGAAAACAGGAUUUCAUCAACCUUGAUGAAAGUGAUGCUGUAGCUUUUGACCAGGAGUGGAACGAACGAACCACGCAGUUCUCCAAUAUUUUAAGGGACAGACAAAGAGCUACCAUCAGAGGUCUGGAAGAUCCAAGAGGGAGGCCUACCCAUCACAGCCGACAUGAAGGAAUUGUGGCACCCUCUAGGAAAGACACUGGGACCAUACGAGAUAAGGACAGGCUGAAAGUGAAUGGUGAGGGGCUAGGGACUCACAGGGAGUUUGACAACAGACACCAUCGCCAUGGAGUGGCACGAGAUAAGGACUGGGGAUCAGGAGACUUCGAAAGAGCAGGGAGAAGUCAUAAACCUAGAUAUGACCGUGAGAAGCACGUGCGAGUAAACAGCCGGCCAGUAAAUAGACACGAACCACGUGGAGGACUGUAGACUAACCUUUUUGUGUGCAAAAACUUUUCAGCAGCAAUAUUUAUCCACUAAAUCAAGUGCUUUUAUAGUAAGAAAUUACUGGACUUUUCUAGUGCGGUUUGAAGAGUUUGGAUUUGCACCUUAAUUAAAGAAUUAAUGACUUAAAAGUUAGGUAUAACCAGAGUUUAAUGAUGGAUGAUUUUAUAUACUACUUUGCUUCUCGACGUGGCUGUAGUUUUAUUUAAAGUUGUUUUCUUCUAAAUGAAAAAACGUUACUGUAUGGAUUUGUUAUGCGUAAGUGCACCUUGUUGGCAUGUUUUGUAAAGGAGUUAGGUUCAACAAACAAAUUCUCAUUACUAGACUCCAUAAUUAUGUAUGUUAAUGUUCAGGAGAAUUUAUCAAUGAAGAGAAAAGUUCAAUGUCAGCACUGUAAGUUAUGUUCACACUCAUUGUUUGUGGUUUGUUGCUGGUAAUGUUCUGCAUUCUAGUUUACACAGCAUAACUAAAUAAAGAUGUGAUUUCAAGUU